UCGCAAAGCGCGGCGCGCUACAGACAUGACAUAUUUGUAAUAAUAAAAAAAUGUCCAACAAUAAUAAUGAAUCGAAUAAGAACAGUGAGCGAGUUAAUAUGCAGAAUGCACCACGACGUCACACAUAUGGUCCCGUACAACAUCAGAUACCAAACGUGUCUCGAGCCGGAUAUAUGGAUUAUCAAAAAUCUGGUAGAGGAACCCCAAAACUGUCCACCAAAAGUGACUUUGUGUAUGUGAACACGGCUUAUGUUGGAAGUGUCAGUAGUUUGAAUAACAACGUCAGCCAGCAGACUUUACCGGAACCACCGACCAGCGUUAUCCGAGAGCAAUACUGGGCAUGCUCUAGAUGGCCUCUGGCACAGCGUGUGCUGGCGAUCGCCGUGGGUGUACUCCUGGGAGCGGUGGUGGGACUCGUCCUGAUCCUGUUCUUUAAGGGCGAUAGUGAAGAAAAUAUCAGCGGAUUAUUUAGGACGCCGCUGGCGCCCGAUUAGUACUCGGCAUUGAGUGUUGGUGGCAUUUGUGUAAUGUAAAUUAAGCGGCUGUGAUUAAAUUUUAAAGCCUUUGCGUUUGAAAUAAAGAUUACAUAAUCAAUGUAUGAAAAUCAUCUCUACGCUAAGUCAUCAAUAAACCUGUCUUAGCAGGUUAACACACUAACAUGGUUGCUAUAUAUUUUUGUGGUUGAUCUGAGAUAAGCUACUGUUGACUCCACAUUCACACAAGGAAUAUAUUUUAUACCAUGUUAAACGUUUCUUUAUAGAUAUUAUUACUUUUGAGAUUAAACUAUAAUGUUUGUAUUUUCGUUGUAUAAAUCAAUCACAUAAUGUUUCGGAUUAUGAAUCGUUCGAGUAAGUCAAGUUUAGUUAAGACUAUGAAAUCUAGACCUAAAACUAAAUACUAGUACCAUUUUUCAUUAAUAUUUUCUUAUUUUAAUUGCCAUUGAGUCCUUUCAAUUCAAUCCGCUUAUCUCUAACAGGUAAUAACUUGUAUAAAUUUUCUAGUCAACAAGUAUAAAACAUUCUUAAUGUCUAAUAAUCAUAUAAACAUCAAUUUGAUAAUUUUGAUCCUACCAAUUUGAUAAUUUUGAUCAUUUUAUGUUCGUAACCAAGUCGUCUUCAUAAAACUAUAUGAUAGUUGCAUGUUCUUAUAUCUUAGAAUAUUUGCAGUUUCUUCAUUAAUAGUUUGUUAUUGUUAAGUACUGAUAUAUUUUUAUGUAUUUAAACCUUAUUUUACAAGUUUUAUCCUGAGCGCUUUACUUUCUAUUUUGUUCAAGAAUAUCAAUGAACCAACGAGUUUUAUAAUCAACGAGUGUUUAAAAA